CAGCCCCGCCGGCGGCGGAAGUGGCGCUCUACGUCACGUCCGGCCCCGCCCCGGCCGGCUCGCGGACGGUGGCCGACAGGCCGUGGCGCCGCUGGCGCUCAGGGCGAUGCAGCUGCCACCCGCGCUGCACGCACGCCUGGCGGGGGCACCCGGGUCGGCCGAGCCUCUACCCGUGGAGCGGGACCCCGCGGCCGGGACCACGCCCUUCAGCUUCGCGCCGCGCCUGGUGCGCUUCCCACGGGAGCACGACUUCUUCGAGGACGGGGACGUGCAGCGGCACCUCUACCUCCAGGAUGUGCUCACGCAGGUGGGCGGGGCGCCCGAGAGGCCCAGGCGUCCCUCCGCCAGGGUGCCCGAGUUCACCUGUCAGGUGGCCGGCUGCUGCCAGGUGUUCGACGCCCUGGAGGACUACGAGCACCACUACCACGCUCUGCACAGAAACGUCUGCUCUUUCUGCAAGCGGGCGUUCCCUUCCGGCCACCUGCUGGACACCCACAUCCUCGAGUGGCAUGACUCCCUCUUCCAGAUUCUGGCCGAGCGGCAAGACAUGUAUCAGUGCCUGGUGGAGGGCUGCACAGAGAAGUUCAGAACCAGCAGAGACCGGAAGGAGCACCUGGUGAUGCGUCAUCUCUACCCUGCGGACUUCCGCUUCGAUAAACCGAGGAGGAGCAGAGGCCCAGCCGUGCCCGGUGCCGCUGAGCAGGUGUUGGCAGAAGCCCUGGGGGAUGACCGGGUACCGUCGGAAGGCGACGCCAUGGAAGUCUGCUCUGAACACGUGGAGCCCUCGCCAGAACCCGCGGGAGAGAGGCGGGCCUACAGCCACAGGAUACCAUCUACCAUCUGUUUUGGUCAAGGUGCCUCACGAGGAUUUAAAAGCGCCAAGAAGAGAAAUAAGCACCAGUAACGGCGGUUCCUCUGCGGCCCUGCGGCGGUGUUGCCGGGCUUUUCCUCUCGCCCCGCGGGGGCCCCAGGACCCUGGCCCAUGCCACCCUCCAUGUCGCGUGCCCGUGACCAACUGAACGAGGCCAGUGGCUAUGUGGGAAGCCGUGGGGGAGCCACGGAUUCCGGGAAGGGCCCCCUCGUGCAGUGACUGGGGUGUGGGGAGCGGCCCCCGCCCCCCAACGUCCUUGUGAAACAUGUGGAGUAAAUGGUUAUCAUUAGCGGUCUCUGGUUGGAGUUCUGUGUUGGGGGGAGGGAGGUCAGCAGCAAUUACUGGCGAGGACUUUGUUCUCAGCGGCCACGUCUCAGAGGGGGUGACUGGCUUACGCAGCUCAUCGGGGCUGCAAGGGAGAUGCCCGUGGUCCUCGCACCCGCGCUCGGCAAGGUGAGCAGAAGCCUCGGGUGGGGCUGGGGAGCCGGGAGGGACCCGGGCCAGGGAGGGCGGAGCACAGACAUAGGCGGGCAGCUGGCUUGCCUCCGAUUUGAUGGCAGCAGGGCCCCCGGGCUGGACCUGGGGAGUGGGGACCCACCAGCCAGCUGUCCCCCUGCGGUGCCCAGUGCUGCCGUGCCCGCCCGAGGCCCUGCUCGGCCCAUUUCGCCCAGCCUGCUCCCACUCUGGGCUCCGGUCUGGUGGGGGCAGCGGGUGCUGGCCUGCGACCGCCCCGCCAAGCCCUGUGCACAGCUCUGCAGACACGGGUCAGGGCUGGUGGUUGUCAGUUUAAAGUUGUUCUUUGGAAGAUUACUUGUCUUCUCUUUGUCUGUUGUGGUUCCACUAAGAUGUCAGGAGAAGGUACUCAUCGCCCUACCUGCUCAUUGUUGAAUGUUUUGAAUCUGGGUUUUAUCUCUUCAAAUAUUGUCUUUACUCGAAUCUCUGUUCCUUCUCCUUCUAAAACCCCAACUAAAUGUACGUCAGACACCCUCCCUCUGUCUUCUAACAGCCCUUCCGUAUUUCCCAUUCCUUAUCUGUCUUUGCUACAUUCUGGAUAAUUUCUUAAGAUCCACUUUUCAGUUCACUAAUUUUCUGAUCAGCUGUAUCAUAUGGGCUGUUGAACUCAUUCAGUGUUUAAUUUCCAUAGUUACGAUUUUCAAUUCUUUAAGUUCUAUGUUGUUGUUCUAAUUUGCUGGACUUUAUAGCUUUUGUUUAUCACAUUUUCAACUCAUUCUUUUCUUUUUUAACAUGUUAAACUUAUUGUACAUUCUCUGGUUGAUAAUAUCAAUGUUUGAAGACUC